CUUCCCUCAUUCACAAGUCCUGGUGCAGGAGCUUGUGUUUCUGGCAUGGUGGCCGCUAGCUCAAAAGAAGGGGAGUCAGCAGGAGAAGCGUUUGAGGACGCACAUUGGCAGCAAUGCUGAGCUGCAAGAGCUCCAGGCCACCUCUGAACUGCCCGAAGGUCGUGCCAAGGCCGUCUGCGGAGGUCUCCACCACUGUUUGUGGGAGCAUGCGGCAAGCGGCAGUCCGGCGCCUUUCUGUGCUGGCUGCAUCGGUCAUCAAUAGUCAGAUUGCGUCUGUUUGUGACUCAGGCGUUCGGAGAUCACUGCAGAGUUACGCGCAAUGUUCUUCUAGCCCAGGAAACAACACUCACAAUGCUGUGACUUCUGGUUCGUUGACUUCUUCUUGCAGUGCUCCUUACGAAUUUCAGCAUCUCGCAUCUUUUGGAACAAGUAGUUUACACAGAGAUCUUGCCAGGGGAUCACGUGCGCAGUUCAGCACACAAGCGGUGUCAACCUCGGAAAAGGGCGCCAACAUGGCUUUCCAGGCGGCCUCAGAACCAGACAUCUCGUACCUGACCCAAAAGGAAGCGGCGGCGAUUGAUGAGGAGCUGAUGGGGCCCUUGGGGUUCUCCGUUGACCAACUGAUGGAACUAGCGGGCUUGAGUGUCGCGUGCGCCAUCUACGAGGUUUACCGUCCAUCUGAGUACCGGCGCGUGCUGGUGAUUUGCGGGCCAGGAAACAAUGGCGGAGACGGUUUUGUGUGUGCUCGGCACCUGCACCACUUUGGCUAUGCGCCGACCAUCUGCUAUCCAAAGCGUACGGAUAAGCCGCUCUACAAAGGCUUGGUGACACAGCUAGAGGCGCUGCACGCGCCUUUCGUCGACCCCGAGAGCCUCUCGUUGCCUCUGACCGACCACUACGACGUCAUAGUGGACGCCAUGUUCGGCUUUUCCUUCAAGGGGAUCCCCCGGCCGCCUUUCGACAAGAUUGUGAAGAUGCUCUCGGUGGGCCCGGACACAAACCCCGCUGAGACCGGCGUUCCUCCGACUGUCUCGAUAGACAUUCCCUCGGGGUGGGAUGUCGAGAAAGGGGAUGUAGAGACCACGGGGUUCCAUCCUCCGAUGCUGGUUUCGCUCACUGCCCCCAAGCUGGCCGCCAAGUUCUUCCACGGCCCCCACCACUUCCUGGGUGGUCGGUUCGUCCCCCCGGCCAUCGUCGAAAAGUUUCACCUCAGGCUGCCCCCCUUCCCUGGGACGUCUCAGUGCGUGCGUAUUGGCCCGGCCGUCCUCGACGUGGCCGCAAUGCGGCUUAGCUAUGAGGCGGGGGCGCUAGACGAGGAAGAUGCGGCAAAGGAUCCCGUCGAGCAGUUCUCGCGGUGGUUCAACGACGCGGUUGCGGCCAACAUCCACGAGCCCAACGGGAUGUCGCUCGCGACCGUGAGCGCGGACGGGCGCCCCAGCAACCGGUUCGUUCUGCUCAAGGGUUACGACGCGGACGGGUUCAAAUGGUACACUAACUACGGGAGCAGGAAGGGGAGUGACCUCAGCGAGACGGGGCGCGCCGCGCUCGCCUUCUGGUGGCCGGGGUUGGAGAGGCAGGUUCGGAUCGAGGGCGACGUUGAGAAGCUGCCGUCGGAGGAGUCGGACGCCUACUUCCACAGCCGGCCCAAGGGGAGCCAGAUCGGCGCUGCAGCAAGCCCGCAGAGCUCGGUGGUCCCCAGCCGGUCGACCUUGGAGGACAUGUACAAGCAACUAGAGGCGGAGUACCAAGAUAAGGAGCUGCCCCGGCCGGAAACCUGGGGCGGAUUCCGGUUGCGGCCCCAGCGGAUCGAGUUCUGGCAGGGGCGGCCCAGCCGGCUGCACGACAGGUUGUUGCUCACGGAAUGGGCUAGUGUACACGCAAUCCGAUGGCGAGUGGAAGAUCGAACGUUUGGCACCAUAGGGCUUAUUUGCGCUUAUAGGAGUGUGCCGGUCACGUGCGAGCAUGACGGUAUUUCGCUGAGGGUCAGUAUUGACAGUCAUCAAGGGAGAAAACAUCAUGUGUUGAACAGGACGCCAUCAAUAUUUCUGAGCAUAGUCGUCCUGAUUGGAUGGUAA